AAGGAAAACAUCUUCGCUCGGUUCGGUGCAGCAGCUGUGAAAAAUAGUCCAAUCCGCAAGAAAAAUCCUCGAUUCUCACGGAUCCCGAAAAAAAAAAAAACCGGAAGAAGCCGUUGUUAAUUCGUGCCUCGCCCCACCAAAUGAAAGUGAUAACAAACCGAGAAACGCCGUGACAAGUCAACCCAGUCCGUGGAUCGCGAAUGGUAAUCGGUCAAAGCCGAGAAAGUGUGCGAAUGUUGGUGAAAAAAAUCGCGAAGCCCAAUCAAGGUGGCAAUCAUGAUGGGGAUUUCCUUUUUUGUUAAGCGAUGAAAAAGUAUAGCGAUAUUAUUGUUUAAGUCUGGGAGCAGCUAAUGAAAAGUAUCGCAGGUUGUGGACGAAUGCGGCAGGAAAUGGAAUUUGGGACGGGGUGAGGUGAUUCAUUUUUGUUUGAUUGUGUGAUCAGCACUGUGGCGUACGUGCGAGAAAAAACACCAUCCGAAGAGGGAAGGUGACCAUCACGGAGAGUGAAAUGUCAAAAAGUGAUUCGUCCUGAUAACAAAACAAUUGCGUUAUCUUUGGUGUGUUUUUGAGCUGGGAAGAAGAAAGUCUCAAAGUGGCUUGGUUUGCAGUGAUUGCGCGAGUGUGUGGAAAUGAGUGGUGAAAACCGUAUUCCGAGCUAUCUCCAGGGGACUCAACAGGGAACAGUUCAACAGAUGCGUCAAUUUCAGCACCAGUGCCGGAUCUGCGGAAUUUCGGAAGGGUUGCGGCGGUGUAGUCGGUGUCAGGUGGCCUAUUACUGCUCCCAGGAUCAUCAGCGGACUGACUGGCGAUUGCACAAGCUCGAGUGUCGUUCGAUCCACCAGCUGCAGCAGGUACCUUCGUCGAUAGCUGAACCGCAAGCGACGGUUGCCCAGCAGCAACAGUAUGCCAUAUCCCGGAAUCAGGGAAUUUAUCAGAACAAUACGAUAGCAAGCACCACCAAUACUAGUGCAGUGAUGGAUGAGGAGGUGGUGGUGGGUGGUGCGGCGACCACGAUGGCUUUGGAACAGCCGACGACGUCACUUGGCGGGGUGUUCGAGAAUGCUACUGGCGUACGUGCAGAAUUGUUGUCAACAAACGGAGCACACUCCACCAAUACCAGAAUGAGUCCCUUGAUGAACACGCAACCGUUCGUACAACAGCAACAGCAACUACAACAGCUACAUUCGCCGCAGUCGCAAUCACCCUGCUCCCCCCUCUCACCGUCGUUGCUGGCGUCGACGUCGUCGUCUGCUUCCUCGCCUUCGCCCACUCCUGCUGCUGCUGGCGUAGACAUCGUAGACGUCGAGGACGAACUGCUGCUCAACGAGAACGCAGUCUCGAAGCUGUUCCCGAACGAUUCACUCACCACCGUCGAGGAGCUCGUCGAUUUGGACCAGAUAGACGUCGAUCACAUCUUGAAUGAAAACAAUUUCCUGAACAACAUCAACAAUUUGAACUUUUUCGAAGAAUCCCUCGGGGAAAGUGUCGAUAGGAAUAAUCUGAUCGCGAGUGGAAGCAGCGUCAGUAGUAACAGUGCCAAUAGUGGAUACAGUGUCGGUACGGGUGGCGGAAGUCCGCAGGAUUCGUUGUUGUUGGUGGACGAAAGGGGAGUAGUAUUACCGAACGGUGAGAUGCAGUUGACACAGCCAUCCGUGGCGACCACGCUGCAGCAACAGCAACAACAGCUGAUUGGCAGUGGGAGCGGGAACGGAUCACCGGUUCUGCUGGGCAGCAACAACACCAACAGUGCCAGUACGGACGAAAGUGUCAGUGCCCUGUUGAAUGCCAAAAUAGACAAUUUGCUGGGGCUCAAUCAGCCACAGCCGCAGAUCGCUAGUCAGGAAGAUGCCUUGUUGGCCGACUUUGAGCAGGAAAGUUUGGAAGAAGCGUGCCACAGUUUGAUCCGGGACAUGAACGAAUACGGGGUUUGCGUGCUGGACAACUUCCUGGGACAGGACCGGGGAUUGCACGUUCUCCAAGAAGUCACCAACAUGUACUCGUCCGGGGUGUUUAAGGAUGGACAGCUUGUCUCCAAUAAGGGUGGAAAAAAUAUGCGGCACAUCCGAGGGGACAAGAUCGUGUGGAUCGGUGGCGGAGAGCCAGGAUGUAACAACAUUGGGUACCUGAUCAAUAGGGUGGAUGCCAUAAUCACAAACUGUAAGCGAAUGAUUAACAACGGAAAGCUGGGCCAGUACAACAUCAGAGAGCGAACCAAGGCUAUGGUCGCUUGCUAUCCGGGUCACGGAUCGCACUACGUCAAACACGUGGACAAUCCCAACCGGGACGGCCGCUGCAUCACCGCAAUCUACUAUCUCAAUCUCAACUGGGACGUCCGGGCGAGUGGCGGUCUCUUGCGAAUCUUCCCGGAGGGCUGCAACGAUCGGGUAGCCGACAUCGAGCCCAUCUUCGAUCGGAUUCUGUUCUUCUGGUCCGAUCGCAGGAACCCCCACGAGGUGCAGCCGUCCCAUCGGACGCGCUACGCCAUCACGCUGUGGUAUCUGGACGCCGAGGAACGGGAAUCGGCUCGGUUGCGCUACCAGCGGGAUUGCGAAAACCCACGGUUCAACGCAUGAGUUUAUUAGUUUGCUCGGACACGCCAUCGCCUGCAUUUCGGCAACAACGAUGGUAAGUUACUGUAGUAGUUUGGAUUGUUUACUCUUUUGUGUCUAUGUAAAGUUACAAGUAAGGCAAUAGAGUUUAGGCAUUAAUAGGCAAUAAGAGAAUGACACAAAAGUGCACGACUGUCGGUAGCACCGACGGGGAGCAAAUUUACACUAAUUCUACCACAGCGAAAAGAUGAAGGCAUGAUGAGACAAAGUCGAAUAAUUUAUUUAGCUAAAAUAUGAUAAUGAGAAUGUGAUAUUGUAUUAACGACUAUGACGCAAAGUAACUGUUAUUACCUGCAUAUAUUUUUCAGCUAGUUUUUUGUUUUGUGUACUAGACGAACUACACGAGAUGAUAGCGCCAAGCAGUGUUUGUAGGGACUUAUACUAAAGAGAACGCAACUUGCAAAGUUAGUCAAAUAUUAGCUUUUAGAAACCGAACUGUUGCAAACAGUUGCGCCAUCUUCGCUCCUCUACACUGAAAAAAAAAAACAUCAUCGAAUAGAACGGUUGGAGGAGCACUGAAAAAAAAAAAUCGAUCAAAUUAAAUGGCAAGUUACAUCCAAGUAUGCUUAUAGAUAGGAUAGGUAGGUAGGUAGACAAAAAAAAACAUUGCGUCACUUCUUCGUGCAUAUUUUGGUCGAGUUCCGACCUUUUCUUCUGAUCCUAGAUCUUGACUUUUUGGCUAUUUUUUUAAAUAAGAAAACAAGAAAGUAAAUUAGCGAAGAAGUGCUUUUGGGCUGAUCAAAACCUUUUUUCCAAUCACAAAUUCGGCAAUCGAAAGUCAAUGCAAAACAUACAGCAAAAAAAACACAUUAGAACGGGUAUAAAAUGGAAGAUGGGAAUUUGCCAAUAACAGAAAGAUUUUGAAAGUUUGAAUAAACAGUUUUUAAGUCCUGAGAUGAA